UGUCUGUAUCAAUAGAAAUGCUGUAACAUGUGGAGAAAAAGAGUGAGAGAGAAGGAAACAAGAAAGAAAUAAGAUAUUAUUUCUUCUGGAAGGGGUGAGUGAGUGAAGAGGUAGCAACAGCCAACAGUUACUAUGAGUAGCUACGACUUGCUGAAGGGCAUCAAUGGCCUCGACAAGAUCCUUAUUCGCGAUGCGACUGCGACUGCGACUGGUUGCUCCGCCGAGGUGUACUUGUACGGUGCUCAUGUGACUUCAUGGAAGAAUGACCAUGGGGAGGAGGAGUUGCUUUUUGUCAGUAGUAAGUCCAUAUUUGAUCCUCCAAAGGCAAUUCGUGGAGGAAUUCCAAUAUGCUUUCCUCAAUUUUCAAAUCAUGGUACACUUCCCUCGCAUGGGUUUGCUAGAAACCGGUUCUGGACAAUUGACAAUGACCCUCCUCCUUUUCCAACAAAUGCUUCGGAGACAGCCUUUGUUGAUUUGAUUCUUAAACCCUCAGAAGAUGACAUGAAGAUUUGGCCUCACAGUUUUGAGUUCCGUCGAAGGGUAGCCCUGGGACCUGGAGGAGAUCUAAUACUGAAAUCUCGGAUUAGGAACACAAACAACGAAGGGGAGCCAUUUUCAUUCACUUUUGCUAAUCAUACAUAUUUCUCUGUGUCAGAUAUAAGUGGAGUUCGGGUAGAGGGAUUAAAGACACUGGAUUAUCUUGACAACUUGCAGAAAAUGAAACGCUUUACAGAACAUGGGGAUGCUAUAACAUUUGCAUCAGAAGUUGACAGGAUAUAUCUCAGCACUCCUGCAAAGAUUUCAAUUCUUGAUCAUGAGAAAAAGCGAUCAUUUGUGUUGCGUAAAGAUGGUCUUCCUGAUGCUGUGAUUUUGUGUCCUUGGGAUAAGAAAGCAAAGUCUAUGGCUGAUUUUGGUGAUGAUGAGUAUAAGCAUAUGGUUUGUGUGGAAGCUGCUGCUAUUGAAAAACCCAUCACUUUGAAACCAGGCGAAGAAUGGAAUGGAACUCUAGAGCUUUCAACUGUUUGAUAGCUUCAAUACUAAUGUAAUGGGAUCUCUUCUUCUGUUAAAAAAAGUCCAAAAUAUCUAUUAUCACUUUAUCAGACCCCAAGUGGGGAUGAAAAACUAAAACUAUGUUUGGAUAUUUUGUUGUAUUCUAUAAUAUUCCAAGUAUCAGGAUAGUAUCACUUGUAUGGCUAUCCAUAGUUUAAGGGAUUUACCCCCUAUCAAAUAAAUUGUAUUGCCGGAUGAUGAAUGAUAGGCAGAAAAUGUGCUUGCUCACAAAUUUUUCCUUGGUUCUUCGAUUAA